AUGGACUAUGAGGAUCAACAAUGUCAUCUUCAGCAUGACCAUAGCACCCUCAGUGUUCAUGCAACCGACCUGCAGCUUGCGAAGUUCCAGGAACGUAGCAAUGCAUUGCAGCGCAAGAUUGCUCAAUGGUGUAUGAUCCAGCUACUGUACUUCCCCUCUGUAGCUUGUCUUCGAUCCUCCGACAUCAAGUCUAGUAUAGAUUCUACCCAGGAGGAGAAACCCACCAAUAUUAACCUGUGGUUGCCAUCACAGAUCAGGCGUGAGACACUGCUUCCAUGCAAUGACAGUCUCUCCAAAUAUGAGUGGGAUUUACAGCGUGCUCAGGCCUUUGAUGCCCUCGAUGAUCUCUGCCGGCACCUCUGCCUUCAAACACAUCUAUACAAGUUCAAGGAUGCUCAAAUUUGCAGUCAGCGGGCAAAUACACAUGCAGGCAUUAUCAUUAAGAACGUCGAAAUCAACGUAUCCGUGGCUGCUGAGCGCUAUCACAGAGCCUGGAACACAUUAAGUGCUCUUGCACCUUCCCUAGCCAGGGACGCAUGGACGACAGAGCUGCCAAAGUUAGAGGAAGGGGACAUCCGAGGGAUGGGAGACAGCACUGUGACAAUCAUACCAGUGCUAGGCGCAUAUGAGUGUUACAGGCAUAUUUUGCCUUAG